AACAAAAAAUGGCAUCAUGGAAGAAAACAAUAGCAACACCAUUCAAGAAGGCAGCAACGUUCUUCAACCAACCGCAGCAAUCACCACAAAAAGGUUGUCGUGGUGGAAGAAUGGAUGCGAAAGCGAGGGAAGAGCACGAGAGGAGGAUGGUAAGAGAGCUUCAAGGAGAAGUCAUGGCUUGUGGAUACGACGACGUUCUUGUCAUGUGGUCUAUUCUUGACAAAUCCAACUCCUCCAAUAACCUCACUUCUCUUAACCCCUAAACCAAACACCAAAAUCAUGGUUUUCUUUAUCUGCUUUUUGUACAUAUAUUAAAAAAGCGGUAUUAGCCCUUUCUCCUCUUCCUCUUCCUCUUCCUCCUUCUUAUCCUUCUUAUUCCACAGUCGUGGCUUUUUUUUUUUUUUUUUAAUUAAGUCUAUAUGAAUUUUUUUUCGACGAACUAUCGUCGAGAAUUUAGAUGUUACUCUUUUCUCUUUUGAUAAUCCACGUGAUUAAGUUACGGUGGGAUUUUUUCUUUUUUUUUUUGGGAGGGAAAAAUUGUCUGUCUUGAGUUCUAUAUCAUUUGUAUGAGAUGAUUAGCAUUAUUUGUUUAAGAACUCAAGAACUAGUUCUCCAUAAUGUAAAAGCCAUGUAUUGACCGAAGUUGCACA